AAAUAAUAAACAACCCUCUCAAAAAAAAUGUUGUCCGCCGAUACAAACAACAACAAAUCAUCAGGUCUUUAUACAUGCCAAACAUGUAAUUCAAUAUUUACAUGUUUAAAUUAUUAUCAAAAACAUCGACAACAACAUGCCGAAACUGAAGGUGUAAAAUUAUUAACUUGUUUACAUUGUACAUAUGUAUCGGAUAAUGGAUUCCAUUAUAAUUGGCAUAUUAUGUCACAUGCAUCAUCACCUCCACAUCGGUGUGAUGUUUGUGAUCCGAAUAGUCAAUCAACGAAUAAUGAUCAAUUUUUAACAACUUCAUCAUUAACUACAUCAACAGCUUCAACUGCAACCACAAUAUUAUCAUCAUCAUCAUCAACGAAUCAAUUCAAGCAAAAUGUUGCCAAUUUUAGUGAUUCAAAUCAUCACCAUCAUAAUAACCAUUCAUCAUAUCAUCAUUUUCCUAAUAAUAACGGCGCUUCCAUCAAUGGUAUCGAUCAAACAUCAAUAACGAAUCGAAUAUCCAAUACAAUCAUUUCCAAUGAUGGAAAAUGCCGCUCGAUUUCGACUGAAACCGACGAUGAUCUCAUUCUUGAAUCACAACUUUAUUCACCAAUACCUGGAGAUGAAUCACCAUGUCCGACAUUGUCCAUGGCAAAAAAUUCAUCAGCCAUUUUGAAAAAAACUAUUUUCCCUCUAUCUAUCAAUCGUCAGAAUCAUGAAAAUUAUGAUACGAGACAAUUAUUUGAUUCACAUCUACAGCAACCUCAAUCUGAUGAUCAAGAUCAAGAUGAUAAUGCUACAAUCAUCGACGAAAGUGUUGAUGAUGUAGAUGAUAAUAAUGAUGUAAUUUUAGACAACAAUAAUGUUCAUUGCGAUGGUGAGAAUGGUGAUUAUGAUGAUGAAGAAACUGACGAAGAAACCGAUGUUGAUGAAGAACCAGUCCUACAGUUUCAGCAACAACAACAAGUGUGUGAUAUGAAUGGUGGAAUCUCACAUCAAAAUUUUUAUGGAAUCGAUGAUAAUGGUGACAAUCAUAUGGUCAAUGAAGAAGAUGAGGACGAUGAAGAUGAAAAUGAUGAUGACGGCAUCAUUCAUCAAGAUCAAUUUCAGCUGCAGCAGCCACAAGAAUUCAAUAAUGGUCAUCAAGACUUCGAUAUACAAAACCAUCAAUUAAUGUCGAAUGGGUUUAGUGACGAGCAACAUAUGAUUGUUGCUGAUGCCGAUAAUGAUCAUCUUGAUGAAGAAGACGAUGAUGAUCAGCAGCCUGAUCUCAUUGGUUUUGAUGAUGCGGAUGAUGAUGAAGAUGAGGAGGAAGAUGAAGAUGACGAAGAAGAUGGUGAAAAUUUCGGCAAAAAUAAUUGUGAUAUACAAAUGCCACAAACUCAAACACAGCAGCGGCAACAGGUUUCUGCUGAUAUCUAUGAUUUCAAUAGUGAUGAAGAUUUAGAUCAACAACGUCCACCACAGCUCAAUAUUUCAUCUAAAUCUUUUAAUUUAUCAUCUUCGAAUCAGCAUCAACAAUUAUCAAGUUUAUCUCAUCAUCAUCAACAUCACUUACAACCCGAACGAUUCUUAAAUCAAGCUCAUCAUCUUCAUCAGCAUCAUCAAUCUAUCACACAAGGUCUUCCAACACUGCAGAUCAACAAUUCGAAUGCUAACGGAAAUGAUCAGCAACACCAGACGCAGAGUAUCCAUCACAAUUCAAAUGCACAAUCGUCCCUUAAUCAGAAUCAUCCAGCAGCGUCAUUUACAAUAGCUCAUCCGAAUUUUAUAUUUCCAAAUGCUGCUGCUGCCACAGUUGCUACUGGUCAAUUGUUAACAACAGGUCCUCAUUCACAGAAUAAUCCUACAGCUGCAGUAGCUUCACCAAAUGCACAAGGUGCUGCUGCAAUAUUUAAUCCUAAUGCGACAUUCACUGCCGCUAAUGGUCAGAUGGUUCAAUUAGUUUCUUUACAACCGUUUACCCAUCAUACAGGAGAUUCAGGACAAACAGCUACUCAAUAUUUACAAUCUGCUCAAACGAAUAGUGGUACUCCAAUUGAUACUGGUUUACCGGGUCUUUCCAGAUUACCAUCAUCAGUUCCAAAUAAAAAGGUACAUUCGCAGCUGCCAUCGACGAAAACUUCUAAAACUCAACAAGUUUCAUCCGGAUUGGUGUUUGCCAAGAAAACGCCGAAAUCUAAUAAAUCUCAUUCAUCUUCUUCAUCGAAUAAUAAUACUAAUCUGGCAGUGUCAAGCCGAAAUGAAUCAUUAUCGCCAACAGAAUUAGCAAAUAGCCUAGGCACUACCAUCACCAAAAUUGUAAGCCCCAGUGAUUAUAAACCAAUGAAAGGCAAAGGUAAAGGAAAUCGAAAACCAAGAAUAUCAUUCAUUUCUGUAGUCAAUGGCAUAACGCUUGGUUCGGAUGGUAUUCGACGAAAAUUUCAUUGUUCACAUUGUGGCAAUGGAAAAAGUUUCAAAACGAAAUCCCAUCUUCAACGUCAUAUGUUGACACAUACAGGAGAGAAGCCAUAUCAAUGUCAAGAAUGUGGUGCAAAAUUCAAUCAAUCAUCAUCAUUACGUAAUCAUAUCAUUGCUAUACAUACAAAAAGAUUUCCACAUACUUGUACAACUUGUGGAAAAGGUUUUCUGAUGCCGGCCGUUUUACAGAAGCAUAUCAGUGCUACUGGUCAUCAAUCAGAAAUUUGAUCAAUCAUAAUUUUUAAAUUUUCAUCAUUUUAUAAUGGAAGUUGAAAUAUACCCAUCAUCAAGACGCUCAUAAUGUUGAAAUGCAAAAAAAAAAUUGCUG